CGGUGGGCUAAGUCGCCGCUUCUUUGGUGGCGGUGUCUGGCAUUCGCCUGCUAGCUCCUUGGCUGGCGUGGGCGGCAGCUUGCGCUGGCGACUUGAACGGCUUGGCCAGGGAAUUGCGUGCUGAUUUCGUCGAAUGUAGCAUAUAAUUCAGAAAGAGCGCCAAUAAUUUUAUUUUAAUAAAAGAACAGGCUGCGGAUAAGAGAGCAAGGCCUACACCGAGUUUUUGAUGAUCUCCAGCACACGAAUCUCCUGGCGGUACGUCUCGUUUUCCUCUGUGAUCUCCUGCCAAUCGGCGUCAUUAAAGUCGCUGGUGGUCUCCCAGUACGAGUUCAGCUCAUCCUCCUCUGGCUUCGUCCACCGGCCGGAUCCACAGGUCUUCCUUGUGCCUCUUGUGCCUCUCCCUGUCUUCCUCGAUUCUCUUCAGGAUCUCCUGGUGCCGCAUCCCGCUGCCUGUGGUCGUGCUGCCGCCAACGCGGUUAGCAAACAGCUUCUCGAUCUUCUCCAUCAAUGCCUUGUCGAAAUACCCCUUGCGCUUCCAGCCAUUGACGACCUUGCGCGCCUGCUGGAUAUUGGCGUCGCCGCUCGAGUUCUCCGGGAUCGCCGCCUGCACGAUCGCAAACACUUCCUUUGCCACCAGGUCGUGCCAGUCGGUGGUGCUAUUGCGGCUGUUGCCUGCCUAGAAUUGCGUCUACCACAAACAGGAGGUUGAGCCGCGGCGCAAUUCGAGAGUUUGUCGAGCUUCUCCAGAAUGCAGUCCAUCAGGAUUGUCGG